AUGUGGGACGGUUUUCAUGAUUUUAGGCAUCUGGUAGAGGAGUUAAUGGUGAAGAAAACGGCAGAAGAAGUUGAUCUUUUUUGGGUUACAUGCUGGCAGAUUUGGCAACAAAGAAAUGCUGUAUCACGUGGGGGUGUCCUUCAUCAUCCUUCUCGGUUAAACCAGCGUGCGAUGGACUAUCUUAAAGAGUACUGUGAUGCUAUGGACCAUCUUGUUGUAACCGGGUCUAGCCCAGGUGUAGUCACUCAGGCAUGGCAGCCUCCGCCGUGUUUGCAAUACAAACUGAACUUUGAUGGGGCUAUAUUUGAAGGUGGCGAUGGUUCGGGUUAUGGAGCAGUUAUCCGUAAUGAUAAAGGACAAGUGAUGGUGGCUAUUUCGGCAAAGGGAGGAGCUGUUAUUGAUAGUGAAGAGGUGGAGGCAUUAGCAUGUCGCAAGGCCCUUGAGGUUGCAGUAGAUACUGGCUUUACGGACCUAAUUAUUGAGGGAGAUAAUGCUGCUGUGAUGAAGACUAUUACUCAGGUUCAGCAGGAGACUUAUUCUCAGCUUGGUUUGAUCUAUGAGGAUAUUUGGUGUCUGUUAGCUGGUCUUAACUCAGUAAUGGUGAGCUGUGUGCGACGUAGUGCAAAUAACGUGGCUCACGUUUUGGCUAAACAUGCUAGACUAGUAGCAAAUGAGCUUGUUUGGAUGAAGGAAGAUCCUCCACCAGCUGUUGAAGCCUUGUACCUGGAUUCUAAUUUGAGUUAA